AUGACGCCUCCCGCUUUCCGUCCACGUCGUCUCCACUGGGCCUUGACCUUGCUUAUUGGUCCAAUAAUUGUCCCGCAGGCGGGGAAAGCCUCUGGAUUUUGGCGACUGACUCCUAGGUCUGGGGCGGGAAUAACUAACCGACCCCAGGCCCCGGUAUACAAGCCUCUCCCUCCAGUCGCUGAAUCAGGGAUGCCACGCCUCGGGAUUGUGUCGUUUGCUUGA